AUGAAGCUGGUCAUCUUCCUCUGCUUAGUGUGCCAUGGCAUUGCAUUGGCGAGCGCGAGCGGAACUUACAAUGUGAUGGAUUUCGGUGCCAAGGCCAAUGGCGUGACUGAUGAUAGCCAGGCAUUUUUGGCUGCAUGGAAGCAAGCUUGCAGCUCGUCUGGACAGACCAAGGUCUUGGUACCUGUCGGGACAUACUUCCUCAACCCUGUCGAAUUCAGUGGCCCUUGCCCAGGUGUCCAGAAUUUGAUAUUCCAGAUCCAGGGAACGGUGAAGGCGUCGACGGACUUGAACAUAUACAAACAGACCCGUGGUUGGGUGGCCUUUACAUUUGUGGACCACUUGACCUUGACUGGCGGAGGGACCUUCAAUGGCCAGGGAGAAGCAUCUUGGUCGCUCAACAAUUGCCCCAGACAAAAGAAUUGCAAUCCUCUGCCAUCGUCACUCCACUUUGAGUACACAAACAACACUGUUGUCAAGGAUAUAACGUCGAUCAAUAGCAAGUUCUUCCAUGUAGCUUUGAUGAAUUGCAAUAACUUUCAAGGCAGUGGGAUCACCAUCAAGGCUCCUGACAAUAGCCCUAACACGGAUGGUAUACACCUUGAGAGCAAUUCCGGUGUGACCAUUUCGAGCUCGAACAUUGGCACGGGCGAUGACUGUGUCUCCAUUGGACAAGGCAACUCUUUUGUCACAGUUAGCGGGAUCAAUUGUGGUCCUGGCCAUGGCAUCAGUGUUGGGAGCUUAGGAAGGUAUAACACCGAGAAGGAUGUCAAGAACCUUAUUGUGAGAGAUAGCACCUUCAUUGGCACAGUAACGGGAGUGCGUAUCAAGACUUGGGCUAACUCUCCUAUUCAAACUACAGCUCAAAACAUUACCUUUUCAAAUCUCAUUAUGAAGAAUGUUGGAAAUCCCAUCAUCGUCGACCAAACUUACUGCCCCUAUUCAAAUUGCGACAACUCGGUUUGUAUUAAUGGCUAUAUGUAGACCAUUGUAGCUAGCUUCAUUAAAUUACUAAGAUACUUUCUUUGUGCACAUUUUGAUAGGUGCCUUCUCGUGUGCAACUAAAAGACAUCACGUUCAAGGACAUUCGGGGAACAGUGCAAUAUAAGGAGGCAAUAACACUAAAAUGCAGCAAAGGGUUUCCGUGUCAAGGGCUUAAACUCGAGAAUAUUAACCUCCAAAGUUCUGGCACACAGAGUGUAGUGUCUGUUUGUCUUGAUGCUCGAGCAAUCUAUUCUGGCCAAAUCAAUCCUACUCCUUGCAAUUGAUGACAAAUAAGAAGAAGAAGAAGCUCAUAUAGUUUGAAUGGUUAGGUGCAUUUUUAGUUGCAGCCAAGCUUUUCUGGACAAAGAUUAAG